CAACAUCAACAUCACGGAGAGAAAGGUGAUGGCGGAUGAUGGAAGGGAAGAGUCGCUGGGGACUGACGAUGAUUCAGACCAAACGGGAGCGGAUGGCAGCUUGAACAACACUAUGGUGGAAGAGGGCUCGACCCUCAUGCGCAGGAUGGAGAUCUGCGUAGCUGAGGCCGAGAAGAGGAGCGGCAAAAAUGCAGUGAGCAUGCAGGAGACGUUCACUGUGUACCUGAUCGAAACAAGGCCAAUGGAUGCAGUCGCUGAAGGCCAUAACCCAGCCCCCGACUGCCUGUGGAGGAGGUACAGUGAGUUUGAACUGCUGCGGAACUACCUGAUAGUUACCUAUCCGUACAUUGUGGUACCUCCUCUGCCUGAGAAGAGGGCAGAGUUUGUGUGGCACAAGCUGUCUGCAGACAACAUGGACCCUGACUUUGUGGAGCGACGCAGGGUUGGACUCGAGAACUUUCUUCUUCGUGUGGCUUCUCAUCCAGUCCUCUGCAAUGACAAGAUCCUCUGCUACUUCCUCACUGAGGAGCAUGGCUGGAAAGAAGCGGUGUACGAGACAGGAUUUCAGGCAAAGGCUGAUUCCAGGCUCAGGGCUCUCAGUGCCACCUUCAGAGUGAGAAAUCCAGAUAAAUGCUUCAUGGAGAUGAAGCAUUACAGCGAUGAGCUGCAGUCUCACACAUCUCAGCUGCUCCGAGCACGAGCAAGGGUUGCUGACCGACUGUACGGUGUUUUUAAAGUUCAUGGAAACUAUGGACGAGUCUUCAGUGAGUGGAGUGCCAUUGAAAAAGAGAUGGGAGAUGGACUGCAAAGUGCGGGUCAUCAUAUGGAUGCAUAUGCUGCUUCAAUAGAUGACAUCCUAGAGGAGGAGGAACACUAUGCAGACCAGCUGAAAGAAUAUCUUUUCUAUGCCGAAGCUCUGAGGGCAGUGUGCAGGAAACAUGAGCUGACCCAGUUUGAGCUGGAGAUGGCCUCGCAGGAUCUCAUCUCGAAGAAGCAGCAGCGUGAAGAGCUGGCUACAGGGAUCGUGCGGACAUUCUCCUUCAAAGGCAUGACCAACAAGCUUUUUGGACAAGAAGCACCUGAGCAGAGGGAGGCCAGGCUGAAGCUGCUGGAGGAUCUGAUAGCAGAGGGUGAAGAGACUGUCAAGGAGAAAACGAUUGAGCGCGCAGAGCACGUGGAAAAGGCCUGGGUGGAUAUCCAGCGCUUCAAGGAGCAGAAAGACAAAGACCUACGGGAAGCUCUCAUCAACUACGCUGUCAUGCAGAUCAGCAUGUGCAAGAAGGGAAUCCAGGUUUGGAGCAAUGCCAAGGAAUGUUUCCUCAAGAUGUGAGGCUGAGGAAAUAUCCCGAAGAUUUUCUCCCUCUAGGAUGAUUCUGGGAAAAUGACGCCAGGAGGCGGUGGAUCAUUCAAAGACCUGAACACUGGAGUGUAAUCUUCCCAGACUUAACUGAGACGUUUUUUCUAACUUUAAACUGGUGCUUUGCUUCUUUCAGUUUUUAAAGCUGGAUAACUGCUGAUGGGAUGGGUGAGUAUGCUUUGGGGCAGAUAAAGUCAUGUUUGGCAAAGAAAUGUAAGAAUACGUGGUGUUUAGAUCCACACAUAAACCUUGGUGGAAUCUCAGGCACCUUUGUUUUAUCCACUUUAUGAGUUCAAAUUCUGCAUUGGACCAUCCCAUAGGUUUGAUUUAUGUUGAAACCUGUCAACUGAACCAAAGUGCAGUUUGUUUCAUUUUUGUGAAAGUAAAGUAGGCAUAAACAUAGUGAAACGAUAAAGUAACUUCACCUGAUAACUGAUGAUUCCAAACCUUCCCCUGGAUUUUGUGCCUUUUGAAGCAUUUUUAAUAUUUGUGUGACACAGACUGAGGUUGGAUGAGUGAAAUACAAGAAUAUUAUUGAUGUGCUUUUAAUCACUAACGAGCAGCUGUGUCUUUAUGUAGCGCUUUUGCAGUUCAUGAAUGCAGCCUGCUAACUAAGCUUGCUACUCGUAGUUGCAGCAUUCCUCGCAUUCCAGUCUCUCUUUUUUCUCCGUUUUUCUACAUGGAAGCAGAAAAACAUCAAAAUCAGUUGAUUUUAUCUACAGUCUUUGGUUACAACAUGAAUAAAUGUUUACAGGGAUGUGUAUUUUGCCAUGUGGAAUAAUAAAACUA